GUGGUGUGUCUCACCCCGCCUGACUCCCUGGAGAUAUCUGCCUGCUGGGGCAGGGGUAGGGGUAGGGGCAGGAGCAGAGGUAGAGCCGGGUCUAAAUCUGCCCCAGUGCCCACCGCUGCUCUUAGAGGCGCUACAGAAGACUUGGAAUCUGAGGGUAGUAGACAGACUCAUAUGAAGAGCAAAACUGACUCAGAGAGCUAAUAACCAGCAUCUGAGGAUACACAUACAAAAAAACACACACACACACACACACACACACACAGGGUGAAGACACACUCAUACACACAGAAACACGGAGCAGAAUGGAUUCAGAGUUCUCUGAUAUUCUUAAACAAGGUUAUGUGAAAAUUCGGAGAAGGCAUUUUUGGAUCUCUCAGGGAUGCUGGCUUGUGUUUAAGAAGGCUUCCGGUAAAGGGUCGAACAGACUGGAGAGAUACCCGAACGAACAGGCCUCCAACUUCCACUGCCAACAAAAGGCAAGGCUAUCAUCACAAGAUGGCCAUAUGAAAAACAAAAGCUCCAGAUAUAACGUGAUAGACCUAACAGAUGUCUUCAGCAUCAGCAGACCACCAAAGGAGAAGAAAAAGUAUGCCGUGCUGUUGAGGUUCACUGAUGACAACACGCUAACCUUUACCUGUGACUCAGAGAAAGAGGCUGCGGACUGGCAUAAGGUUCUCCACAGAGCAUGUGUUCAAGAUGAGCUGGGCACCGUCAGCAGCGGAGAGCCAGACCUGCUGGCCUCCUCCCUCAGACACCAGUGUGAGCGGUUCCGUGUGUGUCUACUGCCGUGCAAAGGUCUGGUGAUGUCAGGCGAGUGCGUUCUGCAGGUCGGCUCGAAGGCAAUCUCUCUUUGGGACGCACGGAACCCCCGUCUCAAACUCGCGUCUUGGCCUCUGAUGUGGCUGCGACGCUUUGGACGCGACCGCACCUGGUUCACCUUUGAAGCGGGCCGUUUGUGUGAGACAGGGGAGGGCUUCUUCAAAUUUCAAACACUGGAAGGAGAGGCCAUCUAUCAGAAAGUGCACACAGCAGUGCAGUCCAUCAUCCAACAGCAGGACUGCCCUCCCAGGUAGCCCAGUCCACCAGGUUACCUGUCUGCCCAGGAUCGUUGAGGGGCACAUAUGAAGGUGACUUCUGAAGCAACUCCAUGGUCCAGAUUUGUAAAUAGCUCAACCUGCUCUUUUUUGGGUACACCAGCUCCCUCUAGUGGAUAAACAAUGCAUCACUCAAUAGACGUCACUAAAUAAAUGGUUGAACAUAACAUUUACAAAAAAACAUUACAUUAUCACAAAAACUGAUUUUUUUCCCUUUAAGUUUAAUAAAAUGUGUUUUUAAAAAUUGCUACAAAAUUAUUUGAACAUUACUGAUCAUUAAAUUAACUUUCGAAAGUUGUCAUAUUUGUUCCUCGGUUUCAUUAAUUUGUUAAAACAGACUUUUGCAAACUUCUACACUAUCAGCAGUACAGACUGUCGUAUAAAAUGACAAAUAAAGCACAUUUGUAAGAGGGUAGAAUUUCACCAAAUUUGCGGGAAAGGUUGCAUCAAUGUUAGUUGUCUGUUUUCACUGAUUGAUAAUGACACCAUACUCUGUAACCGUCUUUAAUAACACUGCAGAGAGAAGCGUAUCAAAGUGAGAUUUUAUGUAAUAAAAAGUGAUUUAUUAAUUAGCA